CGUGGCAGCAUCGUGAAACAUGACCAAGAUCGGAUCGCAAUUCUCAAAGUGAGAUGUCAGCUGUCACCGCACUCACAUUCACGUCAUCCGAGCUGAUGACACUCAGAUAACUCGGAUUAGCUAAAACACAUUUUGAAUUCUGAUCAGUUAUUGCAGUGUACCAUCACCAUGCAGCUGCCAGCCGGGCUGCCAGUGGCUCUGCCGGCCCUGACCUCAACCCUCCCGCUGAGACCGCCGCUCAACGCGUGUCAGGCGCUUGAGGUCCAGCAGCACGCUGCUAUAUGCCCGGCGUAUUCAUACCCGUUUUUAUGGACGGAGGACGAGAGCGGGGGCGUGUUGGGAGGGUUGGGCUUGAAUUUGAACCUGAACUGGCACCGUCUACCGGACCCGGUGUUGGCGUAUUUGGUUUUGAAGCAGAAACUGGAGGAACGGGAACGGCAGGCUGAGUUGGCGGGUGCGGAGGAGGUGUCAGAGUCGCGUGAUCCGGGCCAUCUGGCUCGGUCGGGGACGGUGCCGGUGACGGAAAGUUUAAAUGACUCGGAAGAUGGCUCGUCAGUGUCAUUAGAGGAAGGGACACACUCCCAGGCAAAGGAGGAACCACGGAGAUCAACUCACUCAGGCUCUGAAUCUGAGUCUAAGUCGCCAUGGACAGAACCCCCCGGUCCCGGAUCGUCCUGUCGCCGUGCAGCUCGGGGUGUACCCUCCCAGUCCGAGCACUGCGUCUUCACACAUACCGCCUUCAACAACCGGCUUGGUCUGGCCCUGGUCACGACGAGGGAAACGGUCCGGAUGCUUGCCGCGCAGCCACCGCUGAACGGAGUGAACACAUCGUCUUCGUCUGCACAACCACAACCUGGCCUUCACGGGUCUGCUACAAACCAGGGUGGUAGUAGUGGGAGUGGUGGUGGUGGUGGUGGCGCAGACGCGCUCUACACAGCCAAGGAAAUACCCGGCAAGGGCCUCGGCUUGGUCGCUACACGGCCCAUUCGCGCAGGGACUAAGAUUAUGGACGCAAGACCGGCGGUCAUGGUGGAUGACGAGGCGUGGCGCGGGAUGAGGCGGGCGGAGUUGCAGGUGCUGGUUGGGAUGGCUGUGGGGGGGUUGUCGGAGGGGUUAAAAAAGGAAUUCGUGAGCUUGGACAGUUCCGGUUCUGAUGACACUGGCAGUGGUCAGAACGGGAGUGGUAGUGAUGGUGGUGGGAAGGGAAUGGAGAAUGGGCAGGGGAGGAGGGAGUAUGGGGUCAUGGUGACCAAUGCGUUUCGGGUGACGGUCAAGUUCGCUGCUGGGGGUCAUGAUAAUGGUGAUGGGGUUGUACAUGUAAGGGGCGGCGUUGGCGGAAAGGUUAAGGAGAAAGAUUUCCACGCGGUGUUUCCGGAAGUGUCGCGUCUGAACCACGACUGCGCGCCGAACCUGGGGUAUUACUUCGACUCGGCCACCCUCUCGCAAAAGGUCUAUGCCGUCAGGGAUAUCCUCCCCGGAGAGGAGCUUACCGUCAGCUACGUCGACGUCAUCCAACCGCGCUCCAUCCGCCAAUCCCGCCUGCACUCCGGGUGGUCUUUUGCCUGCACCUGUCCGCGCUGUACGUUGGAACCGCACCUCCUUGCUGAAUCGGACGACCGCGUCGCGCAGAUGCAGCAGCUGCGUCGGGAGCUGGACGACUACUCCUCGACCUCGACCGCAGCAACGCCGGAAAGGGCCGAGCUGCUGGUCAUCCUGUACGAGCUUGAGCACCUGCAUGUGCGCAUCUAUGAGGCUUACUACCGCGCUGCGCUGGAAUGGAACGGCGUUGGGGAUGCGGCGCGCGCGGCCAAGUAUGCGCGCUUGUGUUUGGAUAAGGGGUUGUUGUUAAGGGGAGAGGACAGGCCGUUUGUAAAAAGUAUGAGGGAGCUGUUGAAGGAUGCGAAGGCGCAUUGGAGUUGGCGGUUUAGGGUGAAGAAGAGGCAGCGGGAGAGCGAGGCAGAGGGAGGUUCCAGGGAGGGAGAUACCAACAGGUAG